AUGAUUCAAGCAUCUAGUACAACAAAGAAAUGCUGUAGAUCGCUAGUAUUUAGAUGGCACGACAUGUUCCGAAACGGAAGAGUGUCAAUAGAGGAUGACAAGCGAUGCGGUCGACCAUCGGUGGUGAAAACUGGAGUAAAAUACAAGGUUCGGCAACUGAUAAAGGAAGAUCGACGACGUACUGUGCGAGAAAUGUCAAGUGAACUUGCUGUAUCUGUGUCCACCGUCCACGAUUGCCUAAAAGAAGACAAUAUGUCAAAAGUUCUAAGGCGGGAUCUCGUCCAGGCUAUACGGAAAAAGCGCCCCGGGGUCGACCUCGACCAGAUUAUUCUUCACCAGGACAACGCCCCCUACCACCGUGCACAGUCAUCGCAGUUGGAAAUCAGCCUCCUGGGAUUCGAGACGCUCGAGCAUCCACCCUAUAGCCCGGACCUCGCACCGAUGGUUUUCCGAGUUUUUCCGGAAAUCAAAGCACAGCUGCGUGGUCGACGCUUUGAUUCCGGGUUGGAAUUACAAAUUGAAACGCAGAGAAUAGUUUGGUCAUUCGACAACAUCUGGUACGAGGACACGUACGAAAAAUGGGUCAAGAGGCAUAGAAAAUGUAUCGCUAUGAAUGGAGAUUACGUCGAGAAGUGA